CUAGAGGAUUCUCAGGGAAGGAGCCGAGGAGGGCUAGGGCGAGGGAGAGGAGGACGAGAAGACAAAGAAGAGAGAAGUUAGAAAGAUGGCGCCUCGGAAGAAGAAUGCGUCGAUCAAGUCGACGGGCGCGACGAGCAGCAAGGCGUCUCCCCUGCCCGACUGGGUGAAGGGCAAGGGCGAGAAGCCGGCAGCGCCGACGUACUAUACAAAGGCGCAGCAGCCGCAACCGCCAUCCAAGGGAAAAGGCAAGGACAAGGCUGGGGUUGAGUCUCCUGCCAGUGGAGGUGCAGCGACAGCGACGACAGCUACUGCUGCAUCUUCUGCAAAGCCACCGCAGGUAAUGCUAUUCCCCCCGGGGACCAAGACGCCGCUUGCGCUGCUCAACGAGAGGAUCCAGAAACAUCACCAAGCGGCUGGCUGGCUGCGUCCGCAAAUAGAUGUCCGGAAGCUGCCGAGGGCCAAGUCAAACGAGCAGUCCUCAGACGCGGUCAAGGCCGACAACGAAGUUGAGAAAGAGAAGGCCGGAGACGAGGGCGGCGACGAAAGCGAAGAGAAAUGGACAUUUGUAGUCACCUUGACAAAGACGAACAAAAGCGAUGCCUCGCAUCCAUUCAUCGUCAGGAUGGACGCGAGAGACCCGAGUGGGCACGAGGGAUCAGCAGUCGCGCUGCCCUCCAAGGAGCACGCUCGACAUUGGGGCGCGACCUAUGCCCUCUUUCGCCUCUGUUCCACCCUGAGCUUGUACAGAGUCCUGCCGUCAGGCCCGAGAGAGUACUGGCAGGAGCUGGCACAACACAAGCAACAGGCACCAAAGCAUCUCGCGUGGCUCUGGGCCGAUGAUCCUUUCGAGGUGGCCCAGAAGAUGCAAGCGGAGAAGGAGGCCAAGAGGGAGGCCAAAGCCAAGCAGGCGGAGCUCGAGGCAAAGGGAGAAUACGUGAAUGCUCCGGGUCGACCACUUUCCAAAGCGUGGCAAGAGGCUGUCGAGGUUCGCAUGGCAAGCAGCUUGAGGCACGCGGUAGAGAAGACGGUCCGAGAGGCUUUUGAGGCAUAUCCCGAGGCAGAAGACGACGAGGACGAAGAGGGAGAUACCGAGGAAUUCUCAUCUGCUCCAGCUUCGGGUACCUCGACACCCUCUAGAGGAAAUGGCCAGGCUGAGAGUUCAGGCGGCAGCCAGGCUUCUGAGGAGCUAACCAAAAGGCUCACUGCUCUGGGCUUUCGCAAAGGUCAUGCCCGGUCCGCAGCACGAUGGGUCGCUUCAGCCCGCAAGGGAAGGACACAGGGGAGCGUCGGUCUCUCCAUCUCUCACCUCUCCGACGAAGAGGCCGGCCUCGAAUAUCUGGUACUGUAUUGCCCAGAGGAUGAUCUCCCCAAGGCCUUUGCUCCUUCGAAAAAAGCAGAUUCAUUCGUGACUUCCUCGGCAUCUGCAGGUCAGGAGGAAUCGCUGGCUUUGCGGUGGGCGGAAGAACGUCUGGUCAAGCUUGCUGGAUUCCCAAGACAGGCAGUGAGCGAGGCCCUGACAUUGGCUCAAUGUGUCGAAAUGGACGCCAGAGAGGCGUUGGCUAUCGACAUCCUACUCAGGCGCUUGGCAUGUUCGGACCCCUCUGCAAAUGUCGAUGAUCUCUUGAAGAACUUGGCAGCCCCAGAUGGCGAAAUCGAGACGAAACGUGCUGAUGAGCGAAUGGCAUUGGAUGCCGUGCUUGGGCCGGAGAAGGUCAUCGAAACGCCUCCAUCUGACCGACAUUUGUCCAGCUCCCAGCGCCCGAGGGAAGAGGCCUUCGACAUUAUCAUUGCUUCCGCCGAGGAAAAGUCAAGACAAGCAGAAGACGUCAGGCUUCGCGUCUGCCCCGGCAGGACAAGUCUCUAUCCAAUCGAAUCCUCUGCAUCGAUACGACGCAUUCCGACUUUCUACAUCGCUUCAAAGACCCUUCCAGCAUAUCUUCGUUUAGCCUUGACCAGGCGACUAGUUCGCUGUCUUUCCGAUGCAGAUGCUGGUUGCCCCGAUUGGGUAGACAUGGUGGAUGCGGGUCAAGGGGGCGUGCUGCUGGCCAUGGUGGAAGACCUCGAAACGAAUUGGCAGUCCAUCGUAGACGACCCACCGGACCUCGCUGAAGUCAUGGCCGGUCUCACUCCUCGGGCUCCAAUCAAAGAAAAGGAGAAGCGGGAAAUUCGAGCGGCCAACAUUGAAGCAAAGGCUAAAGCAUCAGGUCCAUCGCGUCCAAAAGAGCUCAAGAGGGAUGCAGGCACAGAUCAGAGGCUGCGACAGCGUCAAGAAGAGCUUUGGACCUCGCGCGAAUAUGCUCCAUUCAAAGCUUCGCGAGCUACGCUACCUGCACACGCCAACAAAGAAGCGCUCUUGCAAUUACUCGAGGCCAAUCGUGCAGUCAUCAUUGCAGGCGAGACUGGCUGUGGAAAGACGACGCAAUGCCCACAGUUCAUUCUCGACGACGCGAUUGCAAAGGGCAAAGGUAGUGAAUGCUCCAUUGUCGUUACACAGCCAAGGAGGAUCAGUGCCAUGGGCGUGGCAACGCGUGUGGCAGCAGAGCGCUGCGAGAACAUUGACCAAGCUCGCGGCAUGGUCGGAUAUGCCAUUAGGGGAGAGAGAAAAGCCAGCAAAGACUGCCGUCUUCUCUUUUCGACGACUGGAGUUCUUCUCAGGAGACUAGGCGCUGGCGGGGAUUCGGAUCUCAAGAGCAUCUCGCACGUCAUCGUCGAUGAGGUCCACGAGCGCGGAGUUGAUUCGGACCUUCUCCUCCUCGAGCUUCGCGAGGUUCUCAAGCGGAAUCCAACCAUCAAGGUUGUUCUAAUGAGCGCAACGAUCAACCACGAGACAUUCUCAAAGUACUUUGGGGGAGCACCUUGCUUAGAGAUUCCAGGGCGGACAUUCCCUGUCAGGGAUCAUUACUUGGAGGACGUCGUAAAAUUGUCCGGUUACCGGCCCUCAACAUCGCGACCUGGAGGUAGGGGAAACGGCAAGGAGAAGCGUUCAGAGGCGCUCAGAAACGAUCUCGAGGAGCAAGGUCUAGACGAGGACCAAGUGCGGUCGAUUGAGAUGCUGAGCCAGGAUGACGGUGUCGACUACGACCUCGUUGGCGCAACAGUCAAGAUGAUUUGCGCACGGGCACGCCAAGAAGAGGACUCACAGACGCUGACGGGAGCCAUACUCGUCUUCUGCUCGGGCGUGGGCGAGAUCCGACAGGCGAUGGACUCGAUUCGCAACGCGACGCAAGGAUCCGAGAAGGUGGACUUGCUACCUCUUCACGCCAAUCUCUCUGCCGAGGAGCAGCGUCGUGUCUUUGUGAGGGCCAAAGCAGGCUGGCGCAAGGUCGUCGUGGCAACGAACGUAGCCGAGACUAGCAUCACCAUUGACGAUGUCGCUUACGUCGUGGACCUGGGCAGGGUCAAGGAGACGCGCUUCGAUGCAAAUAGGGGCCUGACAAGGCUCGUCGAAUGCUGGGCAAGCCGGGCAGCGUGCAAGCAGCGAAGAGGACGUGCUGGCCGAGUCAGGGCAGGCGAAUGCUUCAAACUCUUCACGAGGCACGUCGAAAAGCAUAAUAUGUCGGCGCAGCAGGCCCCCGAGAUGACGAGGGUGCCACUGGAAAGCCUUCUUUUACAGGUUAAGGUCAUGAGGGGUCCCGAUCAAGAUGUCGGGCAAUAUCUCUCGGGAGCUUUGGAUCCUCCAAGCAUUGCAAGCAUUCAACAAGCCUUCUACACCCUCGUUGAUGCUGGGGCCAUCAGAUCGGAUCAGGGACUUUCUUCUCGACUCACCGCCCUCGGCAGACACUUAUCCCUGCUUCCACUCGACCUCCGUCUCGGCAAAAUGUUUAUUCUCGGCUCUAUGUUUGGUUGCCUAGGCCCUAUGUUGAGCGUCGCCGCUGUGCUCUCGUGUAAGCCUCUCUUUUCUUCGCCUUUCGAAAAGCGGCAGGAGGCGAGUGCGGCCCGUCUGAAGUUGGCCAACAUUAAUGGGCCUGCGCCAGCUUCGGAUCUGCUUGUCGACGCAAAGGCUUAUGAAAUGUGGGCGUCUAUGCGGCUCCAAAGGGCAGCAAACUCCGAGAUUCGAGCGUUCUGUGAGGAGCACUUCCUGUCCAUGUCAAGCUUGAGAGACGUCCACUCGACGCGUUUCGACCUCUUGACGAGCCUGCAGGAGCUAGGAUUCGUAUCAAGAUCGUACAAUCCGGCGUCAUAUCUUUUCAAAGAUCAGCCGCACUCGCUCGACGCGCACGCCUCCUCGACUGGCCUAGCAAGAUCGCUCAUCGUCGCGGGUCUCUGGCCCAACAUGGUUCGUAUUGCGAACCCCAAGGCCAAGUUUGAUCAGUCUUCGUCUGGUACGGUUCAGCGACAGCACGAAGCGAAAGAGGUCCGUUUCUUUGAAAAGGACUCUUCGGGAAGCAGUGCUGGCCAUCGAGUGUUUCUGCAUCCGGCCAGCAGCCUCUUUGCGAAUGCCAAGUUUGACUCGGGCUACUUGGCAGUCUACAGCAAAGGGUCGUCUGGCAAGGCCGGAGGUGGGACAGAGGAAAAAGUCCUGUGUAGGGAUGCGACAGAGGCACCUCUGUUUGCAAUCCUGCUCUUUGGAGGCAAAGUCAAGGUGCACGCUCUCAAAGGGGGCAUAAGCGUUGUGCUCAACAGCCGUGACGAGGAAGGACAGGAAGAAGGAUGGAUCAAGCUGCGGGCCAACGCGAGAAUCGCUGUGCUCUGCAGGCACCUGAGGCGCCUUCUCGACCAGGCCAUGGACGAUGCAUUUGAGAGACCUCAGGAGGCACAGGAUGCCUUCACGAGUGGUCCGGCAGCGCAGGUUUGCGAUGCUAUGCGCGCACUUCUCCAGAGAGAUGGUCGAGACCCCAAUGGCUAGCGUAGCCUUUCUAAUGAAAUUGAUAGAAUUUAUAGAAUACAUGUGAAGCGGAU